UCUCAUUUCUCAUUCGUAAACAACAGAGGUCUUUGUGGUUUUUCUUUAUCGACAACCCUACAGCGACAGGUGUAUCAGUGGAUGCAUACUUUCAGGACAACAUACUAAAAUUUUACUUUAAUUCGGGUUUUCUGAGUAUAUAUAUUUAAAGUCGUUCUAAAAAAUGACUUAAACAAAAAUUCUCUAAAAUUGAAUGUCGAGAAAAUUGCAAAUAGACUAUAAACCUAUUUGUUCGUUUACUAACAAUAAAACUUGUUACAAUAACAGUAGGGAGAGUUCUGCAAAAAGAUAUGUCUGAUGAGGAGGAAGAUUACAUGUCGGAUAAAUUCUUGGCCGGUGCAGCUGAAGUGCGACCAAGUCUAAUUCAUAAUCGUGCCAAAAAGCGCCAAUUGAUGGUGGAAACUAAACAAAAGGAACACAUUAAGAAACAGCGUGAAAGCAAAGCACAAUCAUCGCCCACGGUUAGCAAUGAAAAGUUGCAGGAAGCCCUGAGUAAACCAUUGGAAACAGAUAACAAAGGUUUCAAGCUAUUGGCCAAAAUGGGCUAUAAACCGGGACAAGCUUUGGGUAAGGUAGUAGAAAAAGAAAAACCAGAAAAAGUUGCAGGCGGCCAACCAAGGCUGCUAGAACCCAUUGGCAUAACCAUAAAAUCCGACCGACAAGGUUUGGGUAGAGAAUCUGCUCUUAGGGAAUUGAUGGAGAAGCAAAUUGAAUUGCGAAAACAACGUCUGCAAAAAGAAAUUGGCGCAACAACCAUUGAGGCAUUUAGGAAAAGAGCUACAGAAAGAGCCGAAGAAAGAUUUGUGACAACUUCUUUGAGGCGGUGUCAGCAAACAUGUCAAAACUUAGAUGUUGAAAAUCAUAUUGAAACACCUGACAUGCCUUGGUUUUGGCCAGAUGUACCCAAAGACCAAGAUGAAACCAAUGCUGAAAGUGUGGAAAAUCCUGACUCCGAAUCGGAAGAUGAAACCUCUGAAGAGUUUAGCGCUGCCGAAAAACUAGAAAUGUUGACAAAUUAUAUACGCACUUCAUAUAAUUUUUGUUUCUGGUGUGGCAUACGUUAUGAAGACCAACAAGAUUUAAACGAAAAUUGUCCUGGGCUCAAUAAAGAUGAUCACUAAGCUGUAUGUUUGAAUUUUAUUAACUCUAUCAAAUGCACAUAAUACAAUUUCGAAAUGUCUGUAUAUUUUUAAUAUAAAAGAAAAGCCUCAUUUAUAAAAGAAAAACAUACAAGAGCAUGAGAAUAUUGAAUAAAAACUUUUAAAACAAAACAUAAUUAUAUAAAAUUUAAUAAAAAAAAAUUAACUAAUUAACUUUAAA